AUGUCGAUGAUGAACCCAACCGCCGCUCAACAACGCAAUAUUGUGCCAGCACCAGACGAUGGACUUUUAAAGCUAGACUUUGAUGAUCUACCGGAGGAUCUCCCAGGGGUCCCGCAGCUCAACAUGAAGAAUCUCUCCAACAACAUGAAACAGGUCUCCGGAUCCAUGAACAUGCUGGACUCGUCAUUGUUCGAGUUCGGACAAUCUGUUGAGAAGCCAAGAAAGCAAAACAGCUCCUACGAAGUUGACAUGAACCUGCCCUUCCCGAUCAAGCUUCACUACAUCCUUUCCAACCCUGCCUUUCAAGACUGCAUCGCUUGGCUGCCACAUGGCAGAGCCUGGAAGGUUACGGACCAAAAAGGCUUCGAAUCGAAGGUGAUUCCCAAGUUCUUCCGCAGUGACCGAAUGGCAUCUUUCAUGAGACAAGUCAACGGAUGGGCUUUUAACAGAAUCACGGAAGGCCCUGACAUGAAUGCCUACUACCACGAUAUGUUUCUCCGUGGUAUUCCAAACCUAUGCUUUGAUAUGCGCCGUCCACCCAAGGUCAAACACGCUGCUGCCGCCGCCCGUCUAGCUUCUGGUGCUGGCUUUGGUGCUCCAGACUUUGAUCGUAUCAAUAAAGUUGCUCCUCUUCCUAAAUCCGUCCAGUUCAAGCCCGUCUUGAAGGAUGCCAAGGGUAACAACAGUGAUAAGUACGGGCUCGAGAUUAUUGAGGAUGAAGACGAUGAUGACUAUGUGUUUCAAUUGGCGGAGAAUUCCAUGCCCAACAAGGACAAGGACUCAUCAUCAUCUGAACCCGUCUCUCUCAGCAAGGCUGACAUUCACUACUUGGAACAUCAAAAUGAGAUUCUCUUUAGUCAUGGUGGCUUAGCAGUCGAGAGCAGCUUCAACCUAUGA